UUAAAGUUCAUACCAAAGAACAACUGUACCAGUUCCAGGGAAGUCUUUGUGGAAAAAGUAUUUCUAAGAUUGGAAAAGACAUGACAGACUCUAACAAGAUGAUCAUCAACUUGGCCCUCUUUGGCAUGACUCAGAGUGGAAAAAGUUCUGCUGGGAAUAUUCUUCUGGGAAGCACUGACUUCCACAGCAGCUUUUCUCCAUGUUCUGUAACCAAAGAUUGUUGUCUGGGCCGCAGUUGUCACCUCUGUGGCUUCAUGCGUCGAGGGGGGCAAGAGAUAACCCUGCAGAUCCAGGUCUUGGACACUCCAGGUUAUCCACACAGCAGGUUGAAACAAGAGCAUGUCAAACAGGAAGUCAAGGAGGCCCUGGCACAUCACUUCGGGCAAGAGGGUCUCCAUCUUGCACUGCUGGUCCAGAGAGCAGACGUGCCUCUCUGUGGACAGGAAGCAUCUUCCUCAGUUCAGAUGAUUCAGGAACUUCUGGGACAUGCUUGGAAGAAUUACACUGCCAUUCUUUUCACCCAUGCAGAGAAAAUAGAAGAAGCUGGGUUCACUGAAGAUAAAUACUUGUGUGAGGCCUCCGAUACACUGCUGACCCUGCUAAAUUCUAUUCAGCGCAGAUAUAUUUUCCAGUAUAAAAAAGGAAACUCACUUAAUGAACAAAGAAUAAUAAUCUUAGAAAGAAUCAUGGAAUUUAUAAAAGAAAAUUGUUACCAAGUUCUUACCUUUAAAUAAAAUUUAGAUAAAAGGAAAAGAGCAUUGGGUUUUAGAGUCAGAAACCUUCUUUCAAAAUGCCUCUGUUAGAAUGGAUGAGAACUGUCAGAAUUCCCAUAGGCUGCUGGUUAGAGUGUACAUUGGUAUAACCAAUUUUGGACAACUGUUUGGCAGUUAAGAAGAAUAUAAAGUAAUCAAAAUUCCUAACACAAAUCCUAUGACACAGCGACUGCCCUCCUAAGUAUACAUUCAGCAGAAAUGUGUAUAUUUGUGCACUAAAACACAUGUGUGUGUAUAAGAAUGCUCAUAGCAGUACUAUUCAUAAUAGCUAAGUAGCUAUUGGAAAUUAUCCAAAUGUCCAUUAACAGUUAAAUGGAUAAGCAAAUUGAGGUAUAUUCACACAAUGGAGUAUUAUACAAUAAUGAGAAUGAGCAAACUACAACAGCAUGUAACAAUAUCAAUGAACUACCCAAACAGAAAGUUGAAAGAAGCCAGACAUAAAAUAGGAUAUAUUGUAUGAUCCUAUUUAUAUAAAGUUCAAAAACAGUCCAAACUGAUGUAAUAUAAACUACUCUGAUGUUAGAAGUGCUGGAAAUCAGGAGAGAUCACUCUCUGGAGAGGAUAAUUAGCAUGCUCUGGGUAGCUUCUGAGAUUCUGGUGAUGUUUCGUUUUCUGACCUGGAGACUGGUUUCAGAGUGUUCACUUUGUGAAAAUUCAACAACGAACAGUUCUGAUUCAUAAACUGUUUGGUAUAUCUGUUAUAUUUAAAUAAAAGUUAAAAUGAAAAAUUACUACCUAUAUUUUAAAAACC